AUGGAUGAGGGUGGUUUGAAUUUGCAGAAAUCAGUGGAAGAUGGAUCAAAUGCAUCACCAUCGCAAGAUUUGUGUGUUGAUGUGAGUGGAUCAAUUGGGGAUGCGGUAGCUGGGGAUGAAAUUCAAGUGCUCAAGAAGGAUGUGGAGCAAUGUGAAGCAUGUGCAGGUGAUUCGGUAGAGUCAUCGGGCACAUUAGUGUGUCGAAUCUGUCUGGCAAAUGCUAAGGGUGACAUGCUCAUCUCCCCAUGCCACUGCAGAGGAACACUCGGAUUCGUGCACAGAGCAUGCCUGGAGAGGUGGUUCAGUGAGAGUGGAAGAUCCGAAUGUGAAAUGUGUCGCUACACCUACCGAACAACAUCUACUCUCAGAUACACCCUACUGGAAUCCUUGAGGAUUUGGUAUCGGCAUCCACACAACAGACGACUUCUCUGCACAGAUAUCCUCCUGUGUAUCCUAUUGACAAUCAUAGGAUUUGGCAUGACCCUAAUUUGCGUCGCUGCCCUUCACUACUUCAUCACCAAAGUAGAAGAUCCUAUGGAUUUUCCCAGGACCUGGACUGUUGGUUGCUUGAUAGUCUUCCUUAUUAUUGUGAUCCUCUCCUAUGUCCUAAACAUUUUCCUAGUGGUGAGAAGUCAAAUAAUACCCUGGUACCGUUGGUGGCAGAACAAUCGUCGUGUGAAGCUCCUCUUGGAGUGA